GCUCUGGAUCUGCAGAUGAGUCGGGAGGCGCUCAGGGGAAGCCCCAGGGGUGUUUUGCGUCACUGGGCCAGGUUGCCUAGCACUGCUGUGACUGUGGAGAAGGGACACCAGCUCCAGGGGCCUGUCUGAUCCUUCCCCGUGCGUGUCCCGUUUGAGAGCCACGCGCUGCUGAGGACGGAGCAGAGGAGCAGCCAGGGUGAUGGCGGCUGGGGCAGAGACGCUGGAGCUGCCCUUCACCUGCGACGAGCAGCUGACGCGGCGCAUGCGGCUGCGGUUCCAGAGCCUGCAGCAAAGGAACAUGAGGGCCCAGGACGGGGAGAGGCUGCUGCACCCCAAUGAGCACAUCUUCCGAGUGGAUUUCAUCCAGCAGCACCAGCUGCGCUUCCUCCGCUGGGACAUGCAGCUGGAGAGACCCGGCAAGGUCACGGUGACGGGCACCUCCCAGCUCUGGACUCCUGACCUCACCCACCUGAUGAACCGGCAGCUGCUGGAGCCAGUGGGAAUCUUCUGGAAGAAGCCGGGGACCGAGGAGGUGGAAUGCAAUGAGGCAGAUGCCCAGGAGUUUGGGGAGAGGAUAGCAGAGCUAGCCCAGAUCCGCAAGGUUAUGUAUUUUCUCCUCACUUUCACUGGCGGCCUCGAACCAGCUCAGCUGAAAGGCUCCAUUGUUUUUAAAGCCUGA